GUACCGUCACGUGACUUGUUCAUGCAGACAUGGCGUCCAGGCACAGCAAGAUGUUCGCUGUUGGACGUUUUAAAGUGGCUUUAUCGGUUUUAUCCACUUUGUGUUUCAUGUGUGCGUCUGUUGGAGCUGAAGUACGAACCGCUGUUGUUAACAAACAGACCGGACAGCUGUCUGUUGUUGAGGGAUACCGAGAAGACUUCGUGGCCUGGUCGAACUUCACUGAUGACAUCAAAACAUCAGGCUGGUCUUUCUUGGAGGUCACUACCAGCAGUCAGUACAAUGACAGUUUCCAGGCUUAUGCUGCUGGUGCAGUGGAGGCUGCAGUCACAGCUCAGCUCAUGUAUAAGCACUGGAUGAACACUCUGAUGAGUUACUGUGGACCCUUCACGCCUGAAUCUGCUUACUGCCAGCGCCUUAAGUCUUUCAUCACGACCAAUAUGCAGUGGCUUCAGGAGCAGAUAGAGAAGCAGCCCAGUUCACCCUACUGGCACCAGGUGCGUCUGGUACUUUUGCAGCUGAAAGGUCUGGAGGACGGCUACAAUGACCAGCUGUCAUUUCCAAUAGGGUCAAUGUCCUUCAACCCAUUUGGCUUCCUACUUUUCCAAUUGGGCGGGGAUGUGGAGGACUUGGAAUCGGCUCUGAACAAAUCCAGCCAAACUCGACCUCUUGGAUCUGGCUCCUGUUCUGCUCUCAUUAAGCUGCUGCCAAACAAUAAGGAGCUACUGGUGUCACAUGACACCUGGAAUACCUACCAGGCCAUGCUGCGCAUCAUGAAGAAAUACAUGUUUGCCUUUAGAGUUUCUCCUUCAGAUGACAAGCUUAUUCCGGGAGGAACCCAGGCGUUCUCCUCUUAUCCUGGAUCAAUCUUCUCUGGAGAUGACUUUUAUAUCUUAAGCAGUGGCUUGGUUACCUUGGAAACCACCAUUGGCAACAGUAACCCUGCUCUCUGGAAGUUUGUUAAGCCCACAGGAACCGUCUUGGAGUGGUUGAGGAACAUUGUGGCUAAUCGACUGGCUGCUACAGGCAAAGAGUGGGCCGAGAUAUUCAGCGAGUACAACAGUGGAACGUAUAACAACCAGUGGAUGAUUGUCGACUAUAACCGCUUCACUCCAGGGAAGACUGACAUUAAAGAGGAGCUCUUUGUUGUGCUGGAGCAGAUCCCGGGACUAGUUGUUUUCCAUGAUAAAACUCAGGAACUGCUGGAGAAAGGGUACUGGGCAAGUUACAACAUACCGUACUACCCGGAAAUAUUUAAUGCCAGUGGCUGCAAUGAGCUGGUUGAGAAAUUCGGCCCGUGGUUCUCUCUGGACCAGAAUCCUCGGGCUCAGAUAUUCAGGAGAAACCAGACAGCUGUCAAAGAUGUGGACUCAAUGGUCCGCCUUAUGAGGUAUAAUAACUUUAAGGAAGACCCAUUGUCAAAGUGUGAAGGCUGUAAUCCACCUGGGAAUGGAGAGAACGCUAUCUCAGCCCGUUCAGACCUGAACCCGGCUAAUGGAACAUAUCCGUUUGGCGCCUUAAGGCAGAGGUCACAUGGAGGAACAGACAUGAAGAUGACCUCCUACGGGAUGUUUCGUGACUAUGGUAUGCUGGCAGUGAACGGGCCAACAUGGGACCAGGUGCCACCCUUCCAGUGGAGCACUUCCCCGUACAAAGACCUGAUGCACAUGGGUCACCCUGAUACUUGGGCAUUCAAGCCUAUAAAAGUCAACUGGACUCCUUAAUUGUUAUCACGCUGUAUAUACAAGUAUCACGAUCAAUGUAAAUACUGCCAGCUGUAUGAAGUUUUGACAAAGAAAGGGAAAUUAUACUUUGAUUCAAAGUGACAUGCCUUAUUACAGCAAUGUACUAUUUGCAUAAUUAAAGCACACAAGGUAAAAGGGAGCUUUGAAUGUGAGGCAAUAUGAUCAACAACAACAAUAUGUGAAAAUGUAAAGUCUACCACUGAGUACGAUUAUUGAUAAAGAUGCUAAUGUUAUGUUGUGAAGGCAAAUGUCUUUAUCAUGAGUUAAAUAUUUUUUUGUUAAAUCUGAUAUGCAUUGUAUCAAAAAUAUUUUCUCAAUAAAGUGCCCAGAUCGUUGCCUUUCUAAAAAUAUAA